AUGGAGGACGCCCGCACGCGCCAGGUGGUCCUGCUACUGGUGCAGACGGCCGUGGUCUUCUACCAGCUGUGCAACUUCACCGCCUUUGUGGGGCUCUUUAUGUACCUCUCACUGCUGGUGCGUGCGCACCUCACUGCCAUCUGCAGCGCCCUCACCCAGCAAGCCGCCGACGUCGACCUGCGAGCCAUCGUGCGUCACCACCAGGAGGUGCUCAGUUUCCUGCAGGAAAUGGAAGCUGUUUACCAUCCGCUCUUGCUACUAGACUUCUUGCCACUAGUUGUGGUAAUAUGUCUUAUGAUAUUUGUGUUAAUAUCGAUGGAAGGCGUGGACCUGAUGUUUGUGCAGACACUGACACUGUUCGUCCUUUACUUCCUGAACGUCGGCACUUUCUGUUUCUUUGGUACUCAGAUAACCUCACAGGCGGAGGCGGUGGCGCUGUCGGCGUACGGCAGCGGCUGGCAGUCUCGAGGCCGAGCCUUCGGCGGCGCCGUGCUGCUGGUGCUGCAGCGAGCCCAGCGGCCCUUCGCCCUCACCGCCGGCAAGUUCGCGCCCGUCUCCAUCACCACCUUCUCCUCGAUGAUGCAGGACGCUUUCUCGUACUUGAUGGUGAUGCGCAGUCUGAUUGGCUCCAAAGACAGCACGUCGCCUGUCGGUGAUGGGGAGGAAAUGUCUGUGGCAGCUGGCAACCACACGCUGACGCUCUGACCACUUCGCUGUCACUGCACCAGACACACAUCUGUGCUCCACUGCCUCCGUGAACACAGCACCAGCCAUCAACAUCCUACUGAAUAUAGCUUUUCUCAAGCUUAAAUUAAUGUAAUAUUCAGUUUUCCUUGUUGAAAUGAUUACCACAGCAUCUC